GCAGCACAGAGCUUCUCAGACGUCCUAAAAGAUCCUGGAUUUUAGACUCCUUUGAGAUUGUGGAGGAAUACCCAGGACCUUUUCCAUAUGAUUUGGGACAGAUUAAACUGCAACGUAGCUAUUUAGUAAACUACAUGCUAAAAGGCAAAGGUGUGGAUGAAGAGCCAAAGGGUGUCCUUUCUAUCGAUUCAAAAACAGGAGUCAUUAAAGUCUACCGCAAAGUUGACUUUGAGCAGCACAAAGUUUUGGUGCUGAUCUUCCAAGCAAGAAAUAAGUCCAACCAGGCUAUAGACACACAACUAGGCAUAGAGGUCAACAUACGAGACAUCAACGACAACCCGCCAGUCUUCCAGAGAAAGAUUUAUGAAGUCAGUCUACAUGAAGCAACUAAACAAGGCACAUUUGUUGUAGGUGUAUUAGCCAUUGAUCAAGACGAACCAGGAACUCUUAAUUCCACUAUUGAUUACAAACUCCUCUCUGUAACCCCGAGCACUAAAAAUGUAGAAUUCUACAUUCAAGAUAGUGGCACAAUAUCUUUUAAAGGAUGUCUGGAUUAUGAGUUGGCUAAAAAAUACACUAUACUGGUUGAAGCAAAGGACCGUGGAGAGGUUGUAAAGCUGUCAAGCACAGCUACUAUAAUUGUCAAUAUGCUGGAUGGCAACAAUCAUCCACCAGUUAUCACAGGACAAACGGGUUCAGGUAAAGUUGUGGAGGGGACAACUGGUACCUCCCCCAUUAGCAUACACACAACUGAUGCUGACACACGUCCCACUGCAGCUUGGAGAGUCAGAUAUUCCAUACAGGGAGAUAAGGGUGGCCACUUCUCCAUCCACACUGAUCCAGACACCAAUGAUGGAAUCCUUACAGUUGCUAAGCUUCUAGACUAUGAACAGCAAGCUCAACAAAAAAUUACCAUUUUUGUGGAGAACGAAGAACCUUAUUUUUCAUGCGAGGUGAAGGAGCGAUCUGCAAGUGGCCUUUGGACUGUCAUCACAAAUCCAUCAACACCGUCCUCUCGAAAUAUUACCAUUGCAGUGGAAGAUGUCAAUGAACCCCCAUAUUUCCCUGAGCCAGGGAGGAAAAUCAUCAUGGAAGAGAAUGGUGUCACUGGAAUUUUUGUGGACAGGGUGAAAGCAAUAGAUCCUGACACCCUACAUCCCCACAAACUACAGUAUUCCAUUGAACAAGACCCUGAAGGCUGGGUCACAGUAAAUGAAACAACAGGCGAGAUAUUUUUAAAAGAGAGCUUGGACAGAGAAUCAAGUUAUGUAGCCAACAGCACUUAUACAAUCACUGUUAUUGUGACAGAGAAAGAUGACCCUACAGUGACAAGCACUGCUACGAUUCAAAUCUACAUUGAAGACAAGAAUGAUAAUGUCCCCAUGCUACAGGAGAACAUGGUCUCUGUGUGCCUAUCUGAUGGUGUGUCGAGUACAGAGAUCACAGCUAAUGAUUCCGAUGGAGAUCCAUACAGCGGUCCAUUCAGUUUUGAAUUAAUAGGGCAUCUUAAGACAGAAUGGAACUUUGACCCUAGCCAUGGUAACACGGUGCAUUUGGUGAAACACCAAAGCGUUCAUGUCGGUCUGUACACAUUGGUUGUGAGAAUAUCCGAUAAGCAGGGCAGACAUGUCCUCCAGAACCUCACGGUGUCUGUGUGCGAUUGUACAGUCUCACCAAACUGUCUGCUGCAGCGCAACUCACAGCAGAAAGCGGGAAGUGGUGUGACUGGACCUGUCAUCAUUGCCUUGCUGCUAAUUCUGGCAUGUCUGCUGCUGUUCCUUACUUGCUCUUGUGGGACCAUAAAGUCUCUGCUGCAAGUGGAUCACAUCUUUGAAGAUUUCAUGCUGGCUUCUAACAUUGAGGAACCUGGCACAGAUUGUAUGGUCCCGCAUGUUCUACUAAAGAAAACUUCUGAUAUUCAAUCAAAGGAGGCACCUCCUGACAAUAAUGGUUUUCAAAAUAUAUCUGGCGUUCAGCAGAUAACAAGUCCUCAAAGUUUCUCGAUUCAAACGGCUGAAUACACGUCCAGAGACAGAUCACAGUACUACUCUACUGAGAACCAACAGACAUGGAUGUGUAAACAACCCCUGUAUCGUAGCGACAGCCGAUAUCAGGGUACAACACUAAGCAGGAGGAGCUCACAAACAAGACAGAACAGCCAUUUCAUCAGUCAAUCUGCCAUACAGAGUUUGCUCUAUUUGAGGCUGCAUUCAAUACAGUUUAUAGAAAAUGAGCUGCCUGGUCACGAGCCUCACCUUUAUGCUGUUGAGGAUGACUCUGAGAACAUUGUCAACCUGGACCCCAUUGACAUGCCCAGCUAUGAGUUUGAUCCUGAGAUGCUCUCAGAUCUUGGACCUGCUUUUAAGCAUCUGGCUUCAAUCUGUAACCCAGACAUGCCCUCAAAAACAGAAGUGAUGAAGAAUGGGACCAGAUAGUCUAUAGAUAUAGAUAGAGAUUUUGACUCGUUCUCAUAGAAAGUGUGGUCAUUCUGAAUAGGAUUAACUGUUGAAAAAAAGAAUGGGGAGAUUAAAAGGAUUGUCCUAGAUUGUCAAACUAGUAAAUUUUAUUAUUGUUUUAGAGAGAUGAAGGCUAUUCCAUGCUGUUUUGAAAAAAUUAUCUCUAACCAGGAUAGAGAGAGAAAUAGAUGGCCAGAUGCACAACAAAAACAAGUUUGCAUCAAAGUAAAUCAAAAUCUUUAGUUUGAGAAACAGACUCCUCGCAGGUCCUAAACUAACAGCUUCUAAAUGCCAAAGACCUGCAUUGCUGCAAGAGAAUUCUUGGACAAAUACAACAUUUAUUUAAAUAGAAAUAGCCAUUUGUAACAUUCUAAAUGUCUCUAAAUCAUCUCUAAACUACAUAAUGUGCAUUGUGACUGAAACACAUUCCUAUUUAAGGUUUAUUCUCAUAUAAUGCAAAAUCAUAGAGGAAAUAUAUCCUCUUUGAUAUUUCAGGAAUUAUCCAGAUAUGGAAAGAGAUUAUUAAGCAAACUAUUUUCAACUCCUUCAUGCCAACAAAAUAAGGCGAAAAUAAAAAUGUCAGUGUUUAGUGAGAGAUAUGAUUGAUUCAAACACUAAAAGUGGAUGUUCUAUAUAUGUAUUAUUGUAUUACAGUUGUAAUACAGUCUUAAUUAACAUUAUGGUUCUUUAACAUACUGAGAUUUUAUUAAGUAUAUUGUAGAAUGUGGUUACAUUAUGCUUUGUGAUUUCUCAUACCUUCGUUAUAUAAAAUCCUUCCCUUGCAUACUUUUGGUGAGGGUUUUCAGUCAGAUAAACAGCAGCACAGGACAGGGUAGUAUAGUUCAGCACAGUGAGCAAGAGUGUUACCCGCUAGGACAGUUUAUUUUUAACAAGAGGGGUGAACGGUUACAAUAUUUAACGCGGGAGUACAAUGCCGAAGUGUUGCAGAUUGAUAGAAGCGGAGAGCCCGUCUGUGCAAGGAACCGGAUGGUGGGGGAAAAAAUUAUGUUCAGUGAAAAGUCAAAAGAAGAUUGCCAUUGUAUGUAAUUGUAACUAUAUCAGAUGUUAUUAAUAAAACACGAGAACUCAUUGUGUGGGCAUUUUUUGCCCCCAUAUUUUUAAUUUCAGGGAUGUUUUUGUCAGUUUCGGUGGCAUUUUUGCCGCAAGUCCCCGUAAAUUUCUGACACUAUUGGCAUUGUAUCUUUCUAAGGUAUUUAAAAAGUUUGUUUUAGACAUACUGUAUAGUAGCAAAUAAACAUGAUAUCCCCAUAUAUAUAUAUGUCAAACUACAUUGUGUUAAUGUUUGACACUGUUAAAUCAUUGCCUAUCUUAAAAACAAAUGACAUUUUUCAGUUGUUAAAUGCAUUCAGAUGGUUUCCUCAUACCUGAAUGAACAGCUCCUUUCCAGAAUAAAAUGAAAUAUGCAGAAUAUCACCGUAUUACAGUUUUUGUAUAGUGACAGGGCAGAUAGUCUUGAAGAAUCUAGAGAAGAGAGGACACUGGCAGCAGUUUAUGCAUGCUGCUGUGCCCUGCGGGCUUCCAUCGUGCCAU